CCAACACCACCCAUUCUCAGUACGCUUUGAAGCAGUCGCACCCGCGCUGACAGCGCCACUCCGAGCCAACGAAGGAGCGAAGGGAACCCACUCUGCGAAUCUGCGAGGAGUUCGUCGAUCGUCAAAAGUCUGCUGGAUUCCUUCGCUUGAGGCAACCAGUGGAAAGCAAGUCUUCGACAACGCGAUCUUGCGUCUGAAAAACGAUAUCCGGUCGAAACAAAUAUAGCUUGGCAACAUGAGCGCACGUAGAAUAGCGGUUCGAACAGCAGCACGGGGAUGUGCAUGGGGCAACUCUACCCCAACAGCAAGGCUGCAUAGCUGCUCUCGGUUACCAGCCCAUGUUCCCGCCUCCAUGUCCUCUCUAAUUUCGUCCUUGCGGUCCCGACGCUACUCAACCGAAACAACACCAAAGCGGAAGGCACAACUGACAGCCUUCGCUGCACGAAGCGGCUUCCAAUUGUCGUCUCAGGACCUUCUCACACAAGCAUUAACCCACACAUCGUAUGACUCCUCACGGUCGGAUUCCCUACGGCUAAGACACUUAGGAGAGCAUGUGUUGGGAUUGUAUGUGACGGAGCACCUGUUCAGCAAAUACCCACUUCUGCCGGCAGACAGCUUGAAGAGUAUAGUGACUGCGUAUACGGGGGAUGAUGCACUGCAGAGCGUUGCAAAGCUGUUUGGAGUGCCGCAAGUGAUGCUGUGGAAGGGGUCGAAGGGACAAUCUACAAAAGGAGAAGAUCCAGUCGCGGCGCAGAUCCUGUUAUCACUCAUCGGCGCCCUCUAUACCGACAAAGGCCCAAAAGCCGCCCGCCAAUUCAUCCAAAACCAUUUCCUCACGCGAUCGGUAGAGCUAGAGAACCAUCUCGAUACACCCAACCCACAAGCCCUACUUGUCAAGCUUACGCUUGCGAAGGGCCAGGUGCGGCCGAUAUCGCGGUUGAUGAAGGAGACGGGACGGCAGUCUGCCACGCCAGUGUUUUUGGUGGGCAUGUACUCGGGGGUUCAGAAGAUUGGACAAGGGUAUGGGAGUUCGCUGAAGGAGGCGGAGUUUAGGGCCGCGAAAGAUGCACUGCACAAACACUAUUUUGUCGAAGUGAGGGAUUUUACUGUGCCUUCGGAUAUGGAGGCACCGUCGAGCUUGUUGGAGGAAGAGCCAUAGCCUGAUCACACUUCUAGCACACACUUUGCUUGCGGGAUACCGAUCUGAAAACCUCACAACUCUCCUACCGCUCGCUCACUCUUGGGAUCGCGGUCACCACUAUACACAAACGCACCGGGG